UACUGUGAGCUGGGAGUUCGAGUUCGACCAUUGUAAUUUGAUACAUCGGGAAUGCUUUUAGAAUUCUCCUGGUGCUAACGAAAAAGUCAUGAUUUCUGAAGAAAACAGGCUAAGUUAAUGGUCAAGAACUUCAACUGACGUUUCAGUUUUAACAAUUUACUCCCGAGUCCUGACGAGACGAGAUGAUGUGUGCUACCUGGAGAGCAUUUGCUGACAUCCGGUAGUUGAAUUUUACUCUAAUGUAAACGUUUUUACAAUUUUAUUUCCCAACAAAAACUACAAUAUGAGUUGGGUGUCAGCAAGAGAUAAAGAUAAAUAUGGAGUUGCAAUCGCAAGCUUCCAAGCAGAGAAUGAGAUGUGCCUCAAGCUCACAGUUGGAGAUUCGGUUCAUUUGUUGGAAGUCUUUGGACAACAAUGGGCGUUUGGCUAUGUUACACAAAAUGUUGACAUCAAAGGCAUUUUUCCAAGAUGCUUCAUUCAGACUCGAGAAUGCAUUGUUGAUAAGUCGGGACCUGUUGAGAGAGUCCUGCCUAAACUUCCUGCUGUUAUUCAAGAACUAACAGCUGCUCUCCGUGAAUGGCGUGUACUUCUCCGGCAAAGUUUUUUGGAUGGAUCAGACAAGUUCACAAAGUCUUAUGAAAGUAUUCUUCACUUGCUUUCCUUACGGAAGAAGAUUUUACUCGACCAACUUCCUCUGGAUGAGAUGCGAAGGCUGAAGCAUGAAGUAACCUGCAGCAUUGGCUUAGUUAACAGACUUUUGGGAUUAGACUUGGUCGUUCGAGAUGAGGCCGGCAACAUCCUCAACUCGCACAACAAUUCAACUACAAGACUUUUCAGGAGGCACGUCUUCACUGAUAAUCAAAUUUCUGGGACCCUGGGAGGUGGGAAAGGUGCUGAUCAGGGUCCUGAGCGCAAACCUCACUUGGCAUGGACAUUUCAUGUCCAGUUCACUAAUGUUAUCCUCAAAGUUCCGACUCGUUGUGAGGUAUCAGUCACCUUGCAGCUCAGGGAGGCAGACGACAGGCUAACCACACUAACAGAGCCUUACGUUUUUUAUUGGACAGCCGAGGGCUACUCAGACGACACAGAUCUUUAUCAAAAGCUUCAGGUCUUUUACACUGACCUGAGCCGCAGCAUAGCGUCAGCAAACAGAGUGUGGCUCGUGGGAACCGUCGUGCAGCUGGGCAAGUCAAAGGCCUCGGAAAAGGAUCGCAGGAAAUCUCAAGUUUCCUUCAGUCCUGCAAACCUCUCCUCGUCCACUUCAGAGGACAUUAAUAACAACCUCAAGAGACCGUACGGCGCGUUCGUCCUGGACGUGACGAAGAUCCUGGAGCAGCAAGGCAAGCUCGACGCGCCCUCCUCGUCCUCGACCAUCAGCGCCCUGGCGGCUCAGGAGCUCCCUGCUCGCUUUACCUUGUGCGGUGAGAAGGAGAGCCUGAGCUCGGUGGUGCGCGCUCUCAUGGACCAGAGUCCCGACUACCGCCCCGGGGGAGAGAACGUCGUGUGUCAGCUCGCCUUGUAUAACGGCGAUAUUGAGACCCCACCACCUGCCGUUCAAGGAAGUGGUGGUGGCCAAACGCUUGUGUCUGUCCGAGGUGAUCGUGCCAGGCUACACCAGGAACGACCUCUACAUCACACUCGUCGGCGCCGAGGUCUCCAGGGGCAACAAGCUCAGCGACCGCAACGUCGAAGUCUGUGUCCGGGCCUACGACCACGAGAAUAUGCUCAUCAAGAACGGCCUGUGUUACGGCGCUGGUGUGAGUGGUACAGCAGAGUACCGAACUGUGACAUACCAUCACGAGGGCCGGCCGUACUGGUACGAGACGGUCAAGCUCGCGCUGCCCAUCGAGCAGUACACGGGCGCUCACUUGCGAUUCACUUUCAACCACAGAUCGCUUAGUGACGGUAAAGAGAAACCAAUUCGCCCGUUCGCCAUCAGCUACACGCGUCUCAUGCCUUUGGGAAAAAAUGGCACUACGCUGGACAACAAGCUGCACGAGCUCCACGUCUAUAAUAUUGACCUCAAGAAAUGGUCGGAGAACAAUUUCGACUACCUGAACCUGCCUUCCCUGCGGUCAGAACCUCUGACGGAGAACUUUUCUAAGCCCGCCGGCCUCAGCCACGCCUCUAAAGACUCCCUCUCGAUCUCCACCGUCUUCUGCUCCACCAAACUCACGCAAAAUGUUGACUUGCUGCGGCUCCUGGAAUGGAAAGGAAAGACACACUCUGGGGACUCGAAGAUCUCUACGCAACCUAGCCAGGGGCUGCUGAAGGCUAACCUGAAGGAGUGCCUGACGCAAGUGUUACGGGUACAGUCAGAGGAGCUGGUGACGUUCCUGAAGGAUACUCUGGACGUGUUGCUGCAGCUCCUUGCGACGACCGAUGAUGACCUUAAUAAAGCUAUCGAGGUGAUGUAUAACGCGGGAGUUCAGCGGAGGGGCGAGUUCAAACAGCCCGUCGUGAACUUCUACAUUGAAGAGCACUUCAACAGCGACCUCGUGUACACGAAGCUGGUGAAGCUGCUGCAGCACUACAUUGACCAGGGCGCGCAGUUCGAGCGACCGUCCUCUAAGCUGAUCCCGACGCGUACGUCGUCAGCGUCGAACUUUGAGCGAAUGUCCGACCCGACGUUAUGUGACGACACCGUCAGCCUUCCUGACAGGGACAGGCUUCUCUCGGACUCAGCGCUGCAGAACGGCAGCAUGUACAGCAGCGGCAGCGACGACAUAAAGUCUUGCAGUAACACAGCUCUGGUCGACCUGCGCAAGAAACUUAACAACAUGCUUAAGUGUCUGCCCUACAUCGUCAAGUUCAUCGUCAAGUCCAGGCAACUUCAUGUUGAGAAACAAAAUGCAAGCGACGACGAGUUCAAAAAGUCCAUGGACAGUCUCUUCGAGUCGCUCGCCGAGCUCAUGAAGAACAAAGACCAAGCGAUGGUCAUACCUCAGGGACAGUGUCUUAAAUACCUCCCCGUCAUCAUCCCUGACGUCAUUACUGUCUAUGACAGGUUAUCCCUCAGCAAGAACCUGAUCCUGAUUUUGGAGAGCCUGGGCCUGGGGUCUCUGAUCCCGCAGAAGCUAGUGACGAUGGGCCAGAUCUGCCACAGCGAACUCUUCUCUGACGACCGAUGUAGGGAGGUCCUGCUACGCGCCUUCCUCGACCUCAUCUAUACACAACUCGCCGACUCUGUUCAGUGGGUGCAGUCCAGAAGCUCGACGCAAGCCGAGAACUCGAAGAAAAAACUGUGCAAGCGUCUGGGAGACGAGGUCAAAAAUAUAGACCAGGGGCAGGCUCUCGAAGCCCAGGUGCAGAAGACGCGUGAGAUGCGGGAGAAGGUCGUGGAGCUGCUGGAAGACAUGCUGGAAGUGCUGCACCGCGAGAGUGUCAGUGCCACGGCGCUGUCACACACGCGUAUGUUGUGCCAGCGUCUCAUGCAACAGAUCAUCACACUCGCUCACUGCACUCCAUCCGAGGAACCGGUUGCCAGCGGCUACGUGGUCGUGCUGAUGGACAUCGUGCGGCAGAUGGGUGCUGCCGACUUGCACGCGUUCUUCCGUGAGCACUCGAGUCUUGUGAGCGAACUGGUGCUCACCGUGAGCAGUCUGCUCGACAGGACCAUCUUCAAGCCGGACUGGACUCAGCUCACCUUGCUGCUCAACCAGAGUGUGAUGAUGCGGGAGAAGGUGGUGGAGCUGCUGGAAGACAUGCUGGAAGUGCUGCACCGCGAGAGUGUCAGUGCCACGGCGCUGGCACACACGCGUAUGUUGUGCCAGCGUCUCAUGCAACAGAUCAUCACACUCGCUCACUGCACACCAUCCGAGGAACCGGUUGCCAGCGGCUACGUGGUCGUGCUGAUGGACAUCGUGCGGCAGAUGGGUGCCGCCGAUUUGCACGCGUUCUUCCGUGAGCACUCGAGUCUUGUGAGCGAACUGGUGCUCACCGUGAGCAGUCUGCUCGACAGGACCAUCUUCAAGCCGGACUGGACUCAGCUCACCUUGCUGCUCAACCAGACUCGGAGUCCAAGAAGUCCUCAGUCCUUUGGAGUCCUCAUCGCAACUGUUCCCAGCAAUGAUGCUGUUCGUAUCAUUAGCUGUGACAACAACAACGUUGCACUCGAGUCUUGUGAGCGAACUGGUGCUCACCGUGAGCAGUCUGCUCGACAGGACCAUCUUCAAGCCGGACUGGACUCAGCUCACCUUGCUGCUCAACCACCAGCGCUGCAGCUGGAGAACAUCUUCGUGGUGAGCAAGCGUAACGCCAUCAGGAGCGCGUACGGCGACAUGCGCAAGAUUGCCGCUGAGCAGUUCAACGAAAUGUGGCACCUGCUCGGAGCCCACAAGGUAUCCUUCAUCGUGAGAUCGGACGACAGAGAUAAGCAGGACGUGGUGAGAGCGGGUGACAAGGAUAAGGGUGACGAGGGCUUGGUGGCAUCAGUGCUGGAGAUGACGCUUAUCCCCCAGCCUGAGCUGCGGCGUCUCACCAUCCCGCUGCUCUUCGACAUGCUCCGCUCUGAGUACUACUCCACCGUCGGCUCCGGUGGCCACUCUAGAAACUUCAAUGUCAAGGGAAACUUUGAUAUCUUUGAGACGGAGGUGCUAGUGAAGCUCGACCACCUGGUCGUACAAGGCCGGGGAGACGACCACUACAGCGACGUGUUCUCCAGCAUCCUGGGGGCGCUCUUUGAGAAGGACCCUACCCUCGCCGUGCCCGGCGGGAGGUUCGUGAGCACUAUCACGAAGCAGCUGAAGUGUCUGCUGCAGUACCGCUCGAUCGUGCAGUCUCCGGUGCACUCAGUGGAGACCCGCAUGUGCUGCACUGUCUAUCUCCUUGACUUUUACUCGGGCUUUAGAAACACUGAGCUGUACGUUCGCUACAUCGACAAGCUCGUAACGCUGCACCUCAGCGCAGGCAACUCCACAGAAGCUGGCUUCGCUUACUACGAGCACGCGAAGAUCCUCAAGUGGGACCAUGUGAAGCUCCCAGCCGCCCUCAGGUCCCGGCUAUUUCCUCAAGCAAAGUACCAUGACGAGCUCAAGGAGAGGUUGUACCAGGAAAUUAUCAAGCUUAUGGAGAACGGAAAUAUGUACGAAUGUGCCCUGGAGCGUUGCAAGGAGCUCAUGAAGCACUACGAAGAGAAGCUCAUGGAUUACACGAAGCUGUCGAUGCUGCUGAGCAGAAUGGCCGUGUGCUACGCCAGCAUCACCGACCCUACGAAGGUGCGACCUGAGCCUGAAUAUUUCAGGGUCGCUUACUACGGAAAAGGAUUCCCUGGCUUCUUGCAGAACAAGGUAUUCGUGUACCGGGGGCACAGCUUCGAGCGCCUGACGGAGUUCCAGACUCGCCUCCUGGACCAGUUCCCUGACGCCGAGCUCCUGACCAAACUCGAGGAGCCUGAGAAGGAAAAGAAGGAAUCAGCUGAACAAUACAUUCAAGUUAACAAAGUUGACUGCGUGGUGACGGAGAACAAGUUCACGAGCCCGGGAGUGUCGCAGCACAUCCGCAAGUUCUACCUGCACAACAUGGUCCGCAAGUUCAUGUACUCGCGCCCCUACCACGAGGGCAUUAGGAUCAAGGAUAACGAGUUCGCUACCCUCUGUGUCGAGAGAACUACCCUCACUCUCACCUACGACCUACCGGGAAUCCUGCGUUGUUUCCCCUGCGUAUCGACCAAGACCGUGAAGCUGCGGCCCCUGGAGUACGCCAUUGACCAGAUGCGCGCCAAGAACAAGGCUCUCGAGGACCUGGUCGUGUCCCACGAGCUGCACCCCCAGCAGCACGCGCUAGACAGCCUCACGCGCGAGCUUAAUGGCAUCGUCGACGCCGCCGUCAUGGGGGGCAUAGCUAAUUAUGAGAAGGCGUUCCUGCAAGACGCGUACCUUGAAGCUCAUCCUGAGGACGCUGAGUUGCUGGACCAACUGAAGGCGCUCAUCCGGGACAUGAUGCCGCUGGUGGAGCUGGGCAUGAUGGUGCACCAGGACCGCGUUGAUGACGACAUGAUGCAGCUGCACUGGCACAUGCUCUCUAUGUUCACCAACAUGAAGAAGGCCAUUACUGAGAAAUACGGAGAAGCUGCGCUGCCAGACAUCGGCGUGAAGGUGCGGGCGCUGCGGGCGGCGCCGGCGGUGCGGCAGACGAGCGUCGAUGGCAGCCUCAGCGGGUCUCGGGGCUCCCUCAACCCCCGCCCUCACGAUCCCGCCAGCAACUCGAACCGCCUCAGCGUCGGGAGCUCCACCGGCUACGGCACCAUGGGGCGCGCCAAGUCCUCCAAGAUCUUGAGCUCCGCCAGGAAUUUAUGGCGGCGCGACAGCAGCGUGACGGCGAGCCAGUUCUUCGCCUCCCACGCUGCCCCCCAGCAGCAGCCUGUCGCCAUCACCGAGGACGUGAGUUGUGCUACUCAUACACUCAGAAACAUGAGUGGCAUNGGUGAUUGCGGCCGCUCCGCUCGUUGCUUGCGGUGA